UGUCGCCGUGGAGACCUGGCAUGUGCCCAUAUGCCGGUGUGAAGCGCAGCAGUACGGAAGCCGAGCAGGUUCACCGUGCGUUUACUUACAUAACGCGGCCCGGCCAUGGAGCAGAACGGGCUCACUUACUACACCCUGGAGGAGGUCAGCAGGCGGAACUCGGCCCAGGAGAUCUGGCUGGUCAUCCAUUCCAAGGUCUAUGACAUCACCCGCUUCGUGGAGGAGCACCCUGGCGGUGAGGAGGUCCUGUUCGAACAAGCUGGCGCUGAUGCCACGGAGUCCUUUGAGGAUGUGGGCCACUCUCUUGAUGCAAAGGAGAUGCUGAAACAGUAUUAUAUAGGUGACUUGCAUCCGGACGACUGCAACAAACAAGUUAAAAAGGAUAAUCCUGCAUCAAGUUCACCCAGCUUUUGGGCCAAAUGGCUGAUUCCGGCAGUGGCCUCAGUGAUCCUUGCGGUUAUGUAUCGGUUUUACUCCCUGGACAGCCGGUCCUCCUGAAUAGAGGCCACAUCAGGCUGACAUCUGCCAGUGUCUUCACAGAGAAAAGGAGCAGGAUGAACACACAAAGCCUGACGAACCCCUCUCUGCCACAACAUUCUGCCUGUCUCUGGAGUGGAACCUUCUCGUUUUCACUUAUUGAUCGAAACUUUUUUUUUUUUUCUCUGUAAUUUUAAACGUAUUUAUGUCUCUAUUUCUCUAAAUGCUGAGUUUUCUCAGAGGACUUUUUAACAUGUUGCUGUUUUGGAAUUCUGUAUAAGUGAGCAUGCCUCCUCUGUCUGUCUCAAUAUCCGAGGACUCCUGUCUGUUCCAUUGUAUCUCCGUGGAAGGCGGAGAAGCUGCUGGGUGGGAAAGCGAUGCCUUGCUCUGUGCAUGUCGGCACAGUGUCUUUUACACAUCAUGAUUCUUUAUACAGGUCUCUCCUGCUUUCUAUGUUUUCUAAUAACCAGAGUGACUGUGCUCUGCAUUGACACAUAAAGCACACUUAAAGCCAUAAUAAUCACUGUUUAAUAAACUCCUUCCAUCUGUCUUAUGGAGUGAAUUGUUGAACUUUUUAGAUGUAAACUUGUUUUACAUUAUUUCAUUAAAUCAAUAUUCUGAGUA